AUGUGUAAUUUUGUUCUAUUAUUUUCAGACGCCAUCCCCGCCAUCUACCUCGGGGCGUGUGGCCUCGGUUUGACGCUGAUUCCGGGCCUCAGUUUUUGCCACAUCCGUGCCCCUGGACGCUGGCGUGCGCUCUACAUGGGCUCGUGCUACUUCUGGUUCCUGGCGGGAAUCGGUGCCACCUCGACAAUCUUCCUGAACGAUAGUUCCGUGUGGUUUCCCAGCUUAACCACGGUGAACGAAACGAUACACACAAACUUUUCGAUUUGCUUGAUGACGGUGGCCAUUUUCACGGUCAUGUUGGUAGCGAUCAUUGAAAUGUUACAGCGGGAGGGAAUCGUCGACUACAAGAAACCGUUGGACUUCGACACGGAUAUUGCCCACGAAAGUGGGAAGCUGAUGGGACGAAACGAGGGACGGAAUCUGUAUAAUAAUUUCACGACUCAACCGGUGCAGGCGAAUGGAACAGGCUCGAAGCAGUGGAACUCAUCGACGGAGCAGAUUAUUAUGGGCGGAGCCGCGACUGGAAAGAAUUUCCACAAUCUGUGGAUGUUCUACAUGAUCUUUACUAAGUUGCAAGGAUUUAUAGCUUUCUAUUGGAUAUUCGUGUCGUACACGAUAGCUUAUAAUACAGUUAUGUUUGACGUCAGUUAUGGCUAUUCUACCUUUUGGUUUAUGACGGCGGGAUCUUUGUUGGGUAUUCUUGCGAUGAUAGUAUUGAGUCCCAAGAUAGUGUUUGUUGGUGCAUCCGUCCUCCAUACAGUUGGACUAAUUUUGGCAAUAGCUUUCUAUUCAACGGAUUCCGGGACAACACACGUAGGUGCAUCACUUUUGGUGUUUUACAUAUUUAUUGGAGCAUCCCUGGUCAUACCAGCGAUCAAUAUUUUGGAAGUGUCCUCUUUGAACUUCAACGAGUCUUUUCUGGCGAUUGGAUCAAUUUUGGAGUUGAUAGGAAUCGCAUUGUUGCAGUACUUUGCGGUCACUGAUGAAAGGCUAUUUGGGCUUGACUCGGCUUCCAUCAUAGCCGAUGACCAUAAAGAAGUCAUUGCGGCACAUUUUAUUUCAAUGAUCGUACUCAGCGUGCUUUUGCAAGUUAUCGUUCUUUGGCACAUGCCCAAUACCUACAAACUAUCACUGGCCGAAAUCAAGUCUGACAUGAGUAGAAUGACAUCAUACUUCGCAUUCAGAAGAAUGAUGGUUCCAAUAACUCAACAUACAGGAACGACCCGAACGUUUGCCGAGAGCGUGACCUCAGAACAGCCGGAUGCCGAUGAAAAUCAGUUGAGCACAAGAAAUGGUCAUUUGGCCACACGGUACAAUGAGCAAAGUAAUGACAAUACUGACCGACAGAGUCCAUAUAACGAUUUCUCUGAACCCAGAUACAACCGGCAAACCAUGAUGGUUAAUCGCGCACAAUCCCCUGUGAUUGAACAAGAAGACCCAUAUCUACAAGAGCAGCUCCAACGUCAACACGAACGCAAUUACAUACAUUCGAGACAGCAACACUAUCAAUACCAACCACGCGAGUCAGAGUCCCAGCAAUACAGUUAUCGUCCCGAAAGACAUUCCGACUACCGGCAAUCUCGCUACAUGCCAGAACCAGACGACUACCCUCAAGAGCGAAUCAGCGACAACCAGCAAUCCCGAUAUAACCCGCCACUCCUGUCGCGUCACCAGUAUUACGAAGAGUACAGCCAGGCCCGCAGUCAGCAAGCCCCUACACCGCAACCGAAACCGCUCCCACUCCGGCAACCUUCCAGCACGCCAUCCGACAGUCAAUCCCCGGUACCGAGUCUGAUCCGUCGAUCGGCCAACCCCUCGGCAACGGUAAAAUCCGAACCCGGCUACGUCGCCCGACCUCGGCUUGUCACGCAGAAAAGUGAAGCCGCCCCUGCCCCACCACCACUACCGCCGGCGGAUUACCUCACCAAGUCCCUGCCGCGGAUCAGACCGGACCGGCAGCAAUCCCGGGAAAGUAUCCACCCGGUGCUGAUACCGAAACCAUCCAAGCAGGAAGAGGAGAUCGUGCCCGGGGUGGAGUACUCGCACAAUCUAAGGCCGUCCGAGUUCCUGCGGCAGACGCGGCAGUCGGAGCUGAUCCGCGCGUCGCAGGUUUUGUCGUAGGGUAUCGAAGUCGAAGCGAUUAGGGUAAGGGCAAUUUUACAGUAUAAAUAAUAUGAUUAAAAUAG